UCAGAUGGAGUGAUCGGUCCCAGCUCAGCAUCCAGCCUUCACACCGGACGGUGCGCGAGGAACAGCAGAGCUGCUCUCUGUCGUUCAGCUUUUCAGCUUCUUCACUGAGUUUACAGCCUCGCAAACAGAACUUUGGCCUUUUGGAGCUUCGGAUCUUCGUUUUACAACAUUUCAUCCCGGCGUAAACAAGCGGAAUUUAAGCUUUGGAGGAGAGCGCAGCGGAGGUCUGGAGAUGAACCCCCCGUGUGCCCGCUGUGGCAAGAUCGUGUACCCGACGGAGAAAGUCAGCUGCCUGGACAAGAACUGGCACAAAGGAUGUUUCCACUGCGAAGUUUGCAAGAUGACGCUGAACAUGAAGAACUACAAAGGCUAUGAUAAGAAACCCUACUGCAACGCACAUUACCCUAAGACGUCAUUCACCAUCGUGGCCGACACUCCAGAGAACCUGAGACUGAGACAGCAGAGCGAGCUGCAAAGCCAGGUGAAGUAUAAGAAGGACUUUGAGGAGAGCAAAGGUCGAGGGUUCAGCAUCGUGUCCGACACUCCGGAGAUGCAAAGACUCAGAAGGACUCAGGAGCAGAUCAGCAACGUAUGAACAAACACUGAUACA